AUGUUAGACUACACGACUCCAAAGAACAACAGCCCCUGGAUUCCUGACUAUGGAUAUACGCAGGUGGAGAGUGUAUCAACGGACUUUGGAAGGCUGCAGUCAUACAAGUGGCACAAAGCAGUGGGAAAAAACAACGAACCAGUAUCAAUAUUUCAAAUUUCACUGAAAACUAAAGAUUAUGAGAGUUUGUCGACAAAUCAUCAAUUACGUUCAGUUAUCACUCCUUACGAUGUUGAUUUGGCUAAACAUCACUUUAAAAACAUUAAAUCAGUUAGACAUCCGUAUAUUUUGAAGGUUUUGGAGUCCCAUGAAACGGAUUCGUACAUUUACAUAGUGACUGAGCGCUGUUAUCCAUUUAAAAACAAGUAUUUGUCAUCUGACCCGACCCUGGGAGUAAGUCAGAUAUUCUCAGCUCUACACUUUUUACACACAAAGUGUAAUUUGGUAUAUUCGCUGGUAAACCCAUUCGGAGUUGCAAUACGCGAAGACGGUAUGAAGUUGAGUAGAAAUUGGAAUUCAGGAUCUUGGUGCCUCUACAACUUUGAACUGGUGUCAGACUGCAAUAAAACGGUAAACCAGUUCAACAAUGAAGUUAAAAAUCACAUUUCGUUUAACGAGGGCUGGAGACCAGUUCUACAAAACGGCAACUUGAAUUCAGUCCACAUAGACAAAUGGCAAUUGGGGGCGUUUAUAUGCUGGACGUAUGCACUCGUUUCGGGGAACGAGGAGAGGUGUAACAUAAAAAGAUACGGCUUCGACUUCAACUCGUUCAAAAUCUUCGCACCAAAAAACGUACACGGACUCGUGCAGGAUCUGCUGGGCGAGGGCGACGUGAACCUGGAUGAGCUGCUAAACACGCACGAGUAUUUCAACGAAAACAUCACAUUUACGACCAUGAAGUUCAUGUCUGAGCUGUACAUUAAAUCGCAAUUCGAAGUGGAAACGUUUUUCACGAAGCUGCCUGAGAAUAUAAACAUGAUACCAGUGUUAACAAGAUGUAAACAACUGUUGCCUGAAAUACUUAAGGGCAUAAAUUUCUACAAGUCAUUGCUGCCGCUGAUAUUGGACUCAGUGAUUUUAAUUUGUAAGUCGAUAGUCCUCCAGGAUUUUAAGAGGCACGUGUACCCGUCAAUACUAGAGUUAUUCAAAGAUAACGACAAGUCAAUCAGAUUCUGCCUUUUGAGGAGAAUCAGUGAGUUGGACGAGCUGCUCGACCACCAGCAAGUCUCACAAGACAUGUUCGACCACUUCUUCGUCGGAUUCACAGACUCGUCGCCGCAAAUCAGAGGCGAGACCAUAAAGUCACUCUCGUACCUGAUCAAGAAGAUCAACUCUAAGCAGAAGACGAGCUGCACGUUCUCGCUGCUGAAGUGCGUUGGCGACUCUGAGCCCACAAUAAGAACUAACGCGAUCAUAUGUUUCGCGAAGAUAAUUCCCUUUCUCGACUCAGAGUCGAUAUCGAAGGUGCUGCCUCAGGUGUGGAGGAGCGGCCUCCGCGACACGUUCCUCAAGUCAAAAAUCGCAUCCCUCGAGUCAAUCUCCGCAUCGCACACCUUCUUCACCCCUGAGGACAGGGCGCACUCGAUUCUCCCCCUGGUCGCCGGGACUCUGCUCGACCCUAACAUGGACGUGCGAAGGCUGUCGUUUGAGACCAUGGAAAAGCUCCUCGAGUCCAUAAAGGCGCACGCACUGCCAGGUACGUUGUCCACCACCCUGUCUAUCCAAUCGGAAACUUAUCCACACUUACAUAACCACAAAUUAACCUUACAGCUCCCGAACCCGUUAAACAACCCUCAAACGAAGAUAACUGGUAACAGACUAAUGUCCUCAACCUAG